AUGGAUGUGGAAUUGGUGAAAGAGCUGUUGGAAACCAUCCAAAAUACAAUGGUUUCAAAUAAGCGGCAAGACGACGUAGUGGUGCCGAUUUUCAACUCGGACAAAAGCAACGACGGAGCAGCGGCCUGGUGCGAAAGCUUUGAUAAGUUGGGAGACGAGUUAAAAUGGAGCAGCUUUGAGAAGGUCCCAGUGUUGAGUAGGUACAUCCUCCCCGAUACUUCAGAAUAUUGGCGGACUGUGACUUUCUUUGUUUAA